CUUGAGGAAGGGAAGCGGCGGCCGGGGAGUGGGGCUGGGCCGGCCCGCACUGGAAAUGCCCAAUAAAAACAAGAAAGACAAGGAACCUCCUAAAACUGGGAAAAGUAGCAAAGACGGCACAAAGGACGGGCAGGAAAAUGCCGAAGUGGAGAUCUCAAACAAGAGGCCCAACAACAGCACCCCUCCUACUACACAGUUAACAAAGAUAAAGUUUCCAGGACCUACAGCAGUAGUGAAGAAAGAAAAGCGUCACAGUUCCUCUAGGUUCAAUAUCAGUACCAACAGGGAACUACAAAAACUACCACCUUUGAAAGAUGUUCCUGCACCUGAACAAGAAAAGCUUUUUAUUCAAAAACUGCGUCAGUGCUGUGUCCUUUUCGACUUUAUUGCUGAUCCACUUAGUGACUUAAAAUGGAAGGAAGUGAAAAGGGCUGCUUUAAGUGAAAUGGUGGAAUAUAUCACACACAACCGCAAUGUUAUCACAGAGCCCAUUUACCCCGAAGUAGUCCAUGUGUUUGCAGUGAACAUGUUUCGAACAUUACCACCGUCAUCUAACCCCACAGGAGCAGAGUUUGACCCUGAAGAGGAUGAACCAACACUGGAGGCUGCAUGGCCUCAUCUACAGUUGGUGUAUGAAUUUUUCUUGAGGUUUCUAGAGUCUCCUGAUUUUCAACCAAAUAUAGCAAAGAAGUACAUUGACCAGAAAUUUGUAAUGCAGCUGUUAGAACUAUUUGACAGUGAAGAUCCACGUGAAAGAGACUUUUUGAAAACAACCCUGCAUCGCAUCUAUGGAAAAUUUUUGGGCCUAAGAGCUUAUAUCCGAAAACAAAUCAAUAAUAUAUUUUAUAGGUUUAUUUAUGAAACCGAACAUCACAAUGGUAUAGCAGAACUGUUGGAAAUUUUGGGAAGCAUAAUUAAUGGAUUUGCCUUGCCAUUAAAAGAAGAGCACAAGGUUUUCCUGUUGAAAGUGUUGUUACCACUCCACAAAGUAAAAUCUCUCAGUGUCUACCAUCCACAGCUGGCAUACUGUGUGGUGCAGUUCCUUGAAAAAGACAGCACUCUUACUGAACCUGUUGUUAUGGCAUUGCUCAAGUACUGGCCAAAAACCCACAGUCCAAAGGAAGUGAUGUUUCUAAAUGAAUUGGAGGAGAUUUUAGAUGUAAUUGAACCAUCAGAAUUUGUAAAAGUCAUGGAGCCCCUAUUUCGACAGCUGGCUAAGUGUGUUUCCAGUCCACAUUUUCAGGUGGCCGAACGAGCCUUGUAUUAUUGGAAUAAUGAAUACAUUAUGAGUCUAAUCAGUGACAAUGCUGCCAAGAUCUUGCCCAUUAUGUUCCCGUCCCUAUACCGUAAUUCAAAGACUCAUUGGAACAAGACUAUCCAUGGAUUAAUCUACAAUGCUCUGAAACUCUUUAUGGAAAUGAAUCAGAAACUAUUUGAUGACUGCACCCAACAGUUCAAAGCAGAAAGGCAAAAAGAGAAAGCAAAGUUGAAAGAACGUGAAGAGGCUUGGCUCAAAAUAGAGAAUUUAGCCAAAGCAAACCCACAGACACUGGGUUCCUUUCAAAACUGGCCAUCCUGGGAACUGUCCAUGUGCCCUGUCUCCAAAAACCAGUAUCAGCUUAUCAUCGAUCCCAGUGGCAUGAAUAGUCCAGUUGCUAUGGAAACAGAUGGUCCAUUGAUAGAAGAUAUCCAAAUGAUCAGAAAGGCAGUAGAAGAUCAAGCAACUCAGGCACAGAAAGAUCUUCGAAAGGAUCGUCCACUUGUGCGUCGCAAGUCUGAGCUGCCUCAGGAUAUCUACACCGUUAAGGCCUUGGAAUCCCAUCGCCGGGCUGAAGAGAUAAUAUCUGCUCAUGAUGGGCAUUAGGCUAUUUCAACAGAAGAAUAUUGUAAAAAGCUAUUCUCUGAACUCAGUCUCUUGUAGAAGCUAUUAUGCUUUGUGCCAUACCAAUCAGCUAUACAUUGAGUCAACGCUUUCUUGAAUCCAGUUUGUAGGCAAUAACUUACCAUGUAUGAAGUCAAGCCUUGGUAGUUCAAACAAUGGUAAAUAGAGUAUUGUACUUUCUACAAUCUACAUCAAAAGAUGGAGUUAAAUUUGUGAGUUGGCGUAUCCACAAAACCAUUGAGUUAUAAAAUUUGUUUAGCAUUUAUAUUUAUCCUUUUAUUUACACCUGUGUUUGAAAAUAAAUGGGAUAUUGAGUCUAAAAUUAUUCCUGAGAAGUCACAGACUGAGUUUUUAGUACUAAAACCACCAUUUUUUGCAUUAUGACUGUAUUCAACCCAGUAUACUUAUCAUUACAUCACAAAAUUUAUUGGUAUAAAUGUAAAUGUCAAUAUAAAUGUAAAUGUCAAGAGUUUCUGAACUCAUUAAACAUCUUGCACUAAAUCUGACUUUUAAGCAAGGAACCAUCCUGUUUUUUUAAAGUAAAUUCUAUUAAUGCACUGCAUGAAAAGGAAGUAUCUUUAGGGGAUAUUAAAAAUAUUGGUCAUAAUUUUUUCCAUAUAAUAGUACCACAUCUUAUAGAACACAUAGGAUUUUAUCUUUAAGUAAAUUAUUAACUUGAAAUUUUAAAUCUGAUUUAGCUCCCCAUUAGUGUAUAAAAUAACUACAAUUAAUUCCUGCUGGAUUAGUUUGGAUCUAAUCUUUUUAUUCAGGUGCUUUGACAUCUCAUUUUAUAGUUUUUAAAGUUUGUCAAAGUUCUUUACAUGUUGUCUGUCUUCAUGUAUGUUAUGCAAGACGAGUUAGGAGUUCUGAUGGAACUCUAAUUGUAUUAAAUCGGCUGUGGCAAGAAUUCUCAGGGUUCGCUAUUACCUUAGUCCAUUCCUUCAACCUUUUAACGUUCUCAAACGUAAUUUUCCUGGUAUUUUUAAUAAUCUGUCUUGUCGGUUUGCCGUCUACUUUAUGAAAUUGUUCUGUCUCAAAACUUAAGGGGAAUUUUGAUCUCUUGUAGAGAAUGGAUCUGGAAAAAUGUCACUUCUAAUUUAAUGCGCACUAGAUUUUGGAUAUGAAAGAUGUCACAUGCUAUUCUAACUUUAAUGUGCACUAGAUUUUACAACAACUGUUAGAAGGAAGAUAUUAUGGGCUAGGCAUGUGCAACACCAAGGUACGUAUAUCUGUUGUAAGCUAUACGAAAUGACUGAUUACGAUUAGUAAUCGGAAGCUGGUCAGAGGAAAACCAAAAAUAAGUAUUUGUGCAUAUUCUUGAAGUUCAUGUUUGGUCAGUUUCAUGUAACUUUACCACCAAGUUUGAGUGAUUAUAAUCCCUAGCUGAUUAUCAGGUUUGUGUUGCAAAUGGUGCAUGGUAAGAACAUCUGCAAACACCAUUCAGUUAAAAUAUCUUCUCAAGUGUUCCCACCUCUGUUCACGUUAUUUUAAGAUUUUUUUUCUGAGCCUAACAUGCUAAAGAAUUAAAAUUGGAGGGGUAUUCAGGGCUGUAAAGAAAACAACAAAAUUAUAAGUUUUCCCAAUUAUUAUUGUAUGAGAAAAAUCUUCAAAUUUCAGAAAGCACUUCCUGUUUAACUUGAAAAGUGAAUGCUUAAAAAAAGUAAUGUCCUACACAGCAUGUUGGAAAAUCUAUUUUGACUUACAUGUAGUUAAGUUUCUUCUCAAUAGUUGUCAUGGAAAUCUGUCCCCAAUACCCUUUUUUAGGACAGUAGGGUGCUUUUACCAUGUGGUAUCUUACAAGCUAUGGCUGUGCUCUUUUUUUAUUUGCAUACCAUUGUUUGAACUUCCGUCUGACAUUGACUAGUAGUCUGUCUCACAUAUUCUUUGGUUUUGGGUGUUCAGCAGUACGUUUGUGUGAGGUGUUCGAGAAGGAUUGUAAUUUUAUUUUGGCCACUAGAAAGUAUAUUGUUUGUAUACAGUUCAGAAUAUGAUCCUGUCUUUAGCAAUUUUCCCUCAUUUUAACUUGCCUAUUGCUAAAGAUUAACACUCACCAAGUUGCAAGUCAACUUUGAAUUACUUUUUUUUUCUGCUAGUAUGAUUGGGAGUAUUUUCACAUUAAUUGGCAAAUUACUUUGUAUUAAAAAGCAUUAGUCCUUGUUUUCUGGCUUGCAAUGGAUGAUACACAGGUAGUUGUGGCAAGUUUCACCUACUUGGGCUGUUAUUAAUGUAGUACUAGCAAUUACUGUGCAAAACACUGAGAUGUGUUGUCUAUUCAUAAAUUGCAGAAUAUAUUUUUACUCUUAAUUCAAAACUAAAUGACAAUUUGGUAAAAUAUGUAUAGACUCUGGAAGACUUGGGUAAUUUAAAAUGACCUGCAGAAUGGCUUUUGAUCAUUCUGCAGAUUAACCAGCACAAAACAGAUACCCCACAACCAGCACACGAGCAGUUUUAUGAUUGGUUAUAAAAAAAUCUUAAAUGUCUAAAGAAAAAGUAAUUCCAAAACUUGUUCUGGUGACUGUUUUUCUUUAAAAGCAGCUUUAUGAUUGACACCUUUUUUAAGUUUAUUUGUAUCUGUUUUUAAAAAAAAAGCCCUGUACAAGAGGAAUGUCCAGUAACAUGACAAGUGACCUUUAGUGUGAUACCUAUAUAAACGGCUUCAUUUUAAUAUUGUACAUAUGUUGUACUUUGUUUUAAGUAGUGUAAUAUCUAAUAAAGUAGAUUUCAUAUUUUGUACAAAAUGGUCCUAUGUACAGAAUAAAAACUUCCUAGCAACUACGAAAGUUGGUAAGUGGCAAAGAUGUUUCUCUCUCAGAAAUAUUUGCCAUAAGUUGGCAUUAAAGAUUUUGAAAUUUCA